AUGGUAGCAAAAGUAGUGGUGGUAAAAGUGAAGGAGGUGGAAGUGGUGGGGUCGUAUGCUAACUAUUGUGGCGAUAGUGGUGGCUAUUGUAGUGGUGGGGAUGGUGGCGGAGGUGAAAGGAACGGGCGGGGCUACAUAAUCAUUUUGCUUCUAAGUGACCUGAGUAUUGUGGUUAGUGGCAGUGGUGAUGAUGGCAAGGUAAGCGGUGGCAGUGGCAGCGGUGGAGGGCAUGGUGGCGGAGGUGGUGACGGAUGGGUGGUAGAGGUAGUGACAGGGGUAGCGGAUACGGUGGAAGUGGUGGUGGCAACAAUGGCAACGGUGGAUAAGAUGGUAGCAAGUGGAGGCGGCAGAGAGGAUGGUGGUGGUAGAGGUGGUGGAGGAGAGAGAAGAUAA